AUGGCUGAAACAACCGGGAUCCUGCGGCCGCGGCGUUCCGCGGCGAACGCUGCGGAAGGUGUCACCUCUGACGUCGCCUCAGUGUCGACAGGGGCCGGCUUGGCGCCCGGCGAAGUCCGAAGAGGACCGCGAGUGUCGCCCAGCUUGCUGGUUUUCCGCUUUGCAAUUGUUUGCGCUUUAUUUUACGUCGCCUAUAGAAUCACCGUUACGCCCUUUUCGAGCAACAAUGUUCGAGUGACUUGUACAUCGGAUCAGGAGCUCUACAGGGUUCGGAAGCACGCGCUCUCUGAAGAUCGUUUCGCUGCGGUUCGGGAGUGCCUGAACGAGGAGGGCUCUUUCAGCGCCAUACUGAGGCGGGAUCACUUAACGCGCAUUGCGCAUGACUCGACCAAGUCCGAUGAGGAUGUCCUGGACUUUGCUGCAGCUCUAUUAUUGCCAGGAGUUCCCUCGCGAGUCGAUCCAGACGCCUCGAAGCGCGUUGCUCGGUGUGUUCGUUGUGCUCUUGACGCGUUCAACUUGCUCGAUACGCGUGCGAGCAUGCGCCUUGCUGCCGCGAAUAUGUUUCGGGUGCGUCAUCUCCACGCGGUGAACGACAGUGCGACUCGAGCGGGAUCAUUCGUGCUAAACGCUAUCGAUGAAGCGAGUGUUGGAUCGCAUAACAGCAGAGCUGCGAGCGAUCAGUUGGUUUACGUGAGUCAUGAGACGAGUCUGCUUUUGCUCAACCUGCCAGUGAAGCACGCUAACGCGACUCCUCCGUCAGUGAAUGAAUCGAGUCGCGGAUGCCUUUUGCUUUUGAGAGGGUUGCGGUCUGACGGGGGAUCGCCGGCAUCGCCCCCGAACACGUCGCUGGAACCCGUUCAGCUUUCACUGGAGGAAAAUAUGAUCGUCUCGUGGCGAGGCGACACCUGGUACCAAAUGAUGAACGUCUCGGAGCGGGCCUCGUGGAUUUCGUUAGAACAGUACAUUAUAGAUCCCAAGGAACUGGCGCGUUUCCACAGCCUAAGCCAUGUUUACGUCGAAACAAGCUAG